AUGGAGUCCGAAUCCGACCACGACCACCGCGAUGACGAGAGCAUGUCCGAGCAUGAGGAGAUUGAGGAGACGAAGCCAAAGUCCGCGAUGAAGAAGGGCCGGGAACCCGCGGCGCCCGUCGUGCGCCCAGAGCUUCCCGAACAACCAGACCCAAGCACGCUCGACCUCACCACGCUGAACCCGCUGUCGCCCGAGAUCAUCUCCCGCCAAGCCACAAUUAACAUUGGAACCAUUGGCCACGUCGCCCACGGAAAGAGUACUGUCGUCAAGGCCAUCUCCGGUGUGCAGACGGUCCGUUUCAAGAACGAACUCGAGAGGAAUAUUACCAUCAAGCUCGGUUACGCCAACGCGAAGAUCUACCAAUGCGAUAACCCAGAGUGCCCGCGCCCAACAUGCUACCGGUCAUACAAGAGCGACAAGGAGGUCGACCCCGCGUGUGAGCGUGAAGGAUGCGAAGGCAAAUACAGACUGAAGCGCCACGUCUCUUUCGUCGAUUGCCCCGGUCACGACAUUCUCAUGAGCACGAUGUUGUCAGGUGCUGCCGUCAUGGACGCUGCGCUACUCUUGAUCGCUGGAAACGAAACUUGCCCGCAACCGCAGACAAGUGAACAUCUUGCUGCCAUUGAGAUCAUGAAGCUAAACCACAUCAUCAUUCUUCAGAACAAGGUCGAUCUGAUGCGGGAAGACAGCGCUGCGUCGCAUUACGAGUCCAUCCUCAAGUUCAUCCGCGGAACUGUCGCCGAUGGCUCGCCAAUCAUCCCCAUCUCUGCCCAGUUGAAGUUCAACAUCGAUGCCAUCAACGAGCACCUCAUCAGCAAGAUCCCCGUCCCAGUACGCGACUUCUCCGCGAAGCCCCACAUGAUUGUCAUUCGAUCCUUUGACGUCAACAAGCCUGGUGCUGAAAUCGAUGAACUAAAGGGCGGUGUUGCUGGUGGCAGUAUCUUGACCGGUGUAUUGAAGCUAGGAGACGAGAUUGAGAUCAGGCCCGGUAUCGUGUCAAAGGACAGCGCCGGAAAGAUUCAGUGCAAGCCUAUCUUCUCAAGAGUAGUGUCUCUGUUUGCCGAGCACAACGAUUUGAAGUUCGCCGUUCCGGGAGGACUGAUCGGUGUCGGUACACGCGUUGACCCUACUCUGUGCCGUGCGGAUCGUCUCGUUGGUUUCGUCCUUGGUCUCCGUGGACACCUCCCCAACAUCUACACUGAACUCGAAGUCAACUACUUCCUCCUCCGAAGAUUGCUUGGUGUCAAGACUGCGGACGGCAAGCAGGCCAAGGUAGCCAAGCUUGCAAAGAACGAAGUCUUGAUGGUCAACAUUGGAUCAACCGCUACCGGUGCCAAGGUUGUUGCUGUCAAGGCUGACGCUGCCCGUCUGUCCCUCACUUCACCUGCAUGCACAGAGAUCGGUGAGAAGGUGGCGUUGUCCAGACGUAUCGAGAAGCACUGGCGUCUCAUCGGCUGGGCCAACAUUGUAGCUGGUAACAUCCUCCAACCUAUCGUCGACUGA